AUGCCUGUUCCAGACUACGGCGCCGCACCACUGGCCAAGACCUUCGUCCUAGCUCGCGGCCUUUCACUCAUCGCCAUGAUCAGCAUCGUCGGCAUGACGGCCAAUUUCGUCGCCGACAUCGUCAGCACCAACGUCUCUCCACCACGAGAGAUUGUCGGCACGCUCACAAUCGUACGUCGGUACAAUCGAAGCGUCCAUCCCAAGUAUGCUAACGCGGCUCUCAGACUUGCAUCGCAACCCUCUACACCCUGAUCUCCCUCCCCUUCUUCUACGCCAACGCAAACCUCGGCCUCCUCGUCAUGGCCAUCAUCGACGCUCUGCUCCUUCUCGCCUUCGUCGUCGUCUCCGUAGUGCUCGGGAGACCUCUCAGCUUUCUCAACUGCGUGAUCAUCUCGGACGGCAGUGCAGCGGCAAAUGCCCAAUCUGCGGCUGCUUUUUCCCAAGCACUGGCGGCAUCUUCUGGUGUGCAGGGCAGUGUCUGGAACUUGACGCGGUGGGCUGGUACGACGAGGACAAAUUGUUUGGAGACGAAGGCGGUGUGGGGCAUGUCUAUCAGUCUGGCGAUUCUGUUCUCUUGCUCGACUUUGAUUCUGCCGACGCUUUGGAUGAAGGUUCGCAAGGCGGGGAGUGGUGGCAAGUCCGUUGUGUAA